AUGUGCAGAACCCGCCGCAUAAAGUGCGAUGAGACAAAACCUACCUGUAACCAAUGUUCCAAGAGCCGGAGAAUCUGUCCUGGCUACAAGGACGAAUUCGAUCUAGUGUUCCGCAACGAGACUCAGGCGACAGAAAGAAGAGCAAGAAGAGCUACCAAGAAAUCCCUCGCUCACAGACAAGGACGGGAAGCAGAUCGGGGCGCUUCGCCGUCGCCGUCGUCUUCAUCUUCAUCCUCAUCCGACAGCGGCUGCUCAGUUUCCCCGACUACUCCAAACUCCCAGCUACGCGUUUCGGCUGCCCCCCAAAUACCCCUGGAGGAUCAGGCAGCUUGUCAUUUCAUCUCCAACUACGUGCAGGUUCCACGGCAUGGCAGUCUCAUAGGUUUCAUGGAGUUUGUGGUGCCGUUGCUCAAAGCCGAAAAAGUACCUCUCCACUACCAGUACGCUUUCCAGGCCUGCGGUUUGGCGUCUCUGAACAACGGAGUGGGUAACCGGAAUCACUUUGAAAAGCAGGCUCUUGGAAAAUACACCAAGGCGUUGUCGACCACUUUUGCUGCUUUGCGCGACCCCGAGGUGGCCAAGGAAGAUGCCACGCUCGCCGCGGUCCUUCUCCUGGGUCUGUUCGAAAACAUCACAGCCAAGACUAUGGGCAUGCUUGCCUGGGGCUCACAUAUUGAGGGUGCGAUCCAAUUGGCCAAGGCUCGCGGACGGCAGCAAUUACGGACCAAAGUCGGGCUCAACAUGUUCAUUGCAGUCCGUACGCAAAUGAUAAUCCAUAGCCUCAGCACUUCCAAGGCUCCUACCAUGGAUACGUCGUGGUGGAUCGAAGACGCAGUGAGGGACAGGCACGCCACAGAGUGUCAAAGGCUCUGUAUCAAAGUAGGGGAGCUCAGGUCGGAGGCUAAUCGACUACUCACAACCGUCUCGCGGACGCCGGAUAGUAUGGAGAUUGUCAUUGACAUGAUUCGACGCUGCCAGGCCCAGGACCAGGCGUGUGCCAGCUGGUGCAAGAACCUUCCCGACUACUUCCAAUGCAAGACAGCGACCUGGGAGGACAAUAUUCCCAACGGAGACUACGCGAAAGCUGAGGUAUAUCCAGGUCGGGUCGAUGUGUACAACGAUUUAUGGGUCGCGACUGUGUGGAACAUGUUGCGUUGCGCGCGAAUCGUCUUGAACUCCAUCAUUGUCCGCAGCGCUGCCUGGGUAUGUGCUCCGGUCGACUAUCGGACUACGCCGGAAUACGCCAACGCUGCUCGUACGACGGUCGACAUUAUUACUGACGUCAUCUCCUCCGUGCCCUAUCAACUUGGCUGGUUCUGCAAACGCAAGGACCUCCUCGACCGCGCCAACCUGUCGACAUUUGCCUGUGGAGAGGACGAUUCCUCAAAGGGACUGUGCGGCUACUUUAUGACGUGGCCGCUUGCGCUCAUACAGUCUUUGGAUUAUCUGACGGAUUCGCAGCGAAUCUGGGUCCGUGGCCGACUUGAAUACAUAGGUUCGCACUUGGGGGUUCGCUACGCCACACUCCUCACUCAGUUGAAUAUUCGUAUUCCGUCAAUGCUCAUCUGUAGAGAUGUGAUGAUAACAAGGCCGUUGCCUUUGUCGCACGAGCUCCAGAAGCAAGCUCCCGCAAACAUGGCCCGUCCGACGCCAAGCUUCCUAGCAAGCCCCCUGGUGCCCCAACAAGAAACGGUGGAAAAGGCCAAGCUGGACAAAGAAGCUGCCGAUAGACUUGCCAAAGCUUUGCCCGCAUCCGCCAACAACAGCGAGUGGAGAACAAAGAGAUGGCUCGAGUUUGAGCACCUCAAGACAACAGCAAUCUGA